UGGCAUUUAUUUAUGUAACGCAAUGGUGUCAGAAACGAGCCCAGCGUUAUCCAAUGCAAGGAACACACAAGAAAGCAAACAGCGAGGCUGACAUUAAGAGACGCGAAACAGAUGCAUCUGCGGGUCUCUGAAUCAGACUUUUCUUUUGGCUUUGCACUCCGUUGAUGGAGUUCGGAGGAAGCGGCAAACCCACAGCUAUCGGACCGAACCGGAGUCAGACAAUUCAUCAUGCACGAAAAGGGGAAACGUUACUCUCAAAACAAAAACUGAGAGAUGAUUGACAAUGGAUAAACAUAGACGUUAAAUUCACAUAGAGACAGCUGAAGAGGGAAUUUGGGAAAAAGCAUGCGCGUGUUUUUGCAGAACGGCCGUUGUGUUAUGAAAGGAGCGUUUAAGAGGUCGCGUGUGAUGUUAAAUCCUCGUUUCAUUUGAAUUUUCAGUGAUGUCAUAUGAACGAAGAAUAAAGCUAUUUAUUUAGUCGAAAACGAGCCUUUUCUGUUCAACUGUUCAAAAAUGUCAAGCAUGGAUCUGCUGGAGUGUCCGAUCUGUCUUUUCCUCAUGUGCGAGACCGUGACCAUGACUUGCGGUCACUCGUUCUGCAGGAGGUGCAUGGGCUCUUUCCUGCCCUCGCGAUGCCCCACGUGCAAAGAACGAUUAAAACAGAGAGACGCGAAGAACAUCAAAAACAACGUUUUAAUCUUCAGCGUCAUUGAGAAAUGUUGCCCAAACGAAACCAAAAUGAAGUGUCACAUUCAGGAGAAGCUGAAAACGAGCGAGUUUACGGAAGCGCUGCGUAUUGCGGAUGAAGGAAUAGAUAUGGCCCCUGAGGAUGUGAGCCUGAAGGUGUGGCGGGCUGAGGCCUGCAUGGGCCUUCGCCGCUUUUCUGAUGCCCUGCGUGACCUGGAUGACCUCUGCUGUGUGCGUCCUAACUGGACUGAGGGUUUCUUUCGUAAGGGGAAUGUGCUUCUUGAAAUGGGCAGACAGACUGAAGCUCUCAUCCAGUUCUAUCGUUGCCUGAAACAGCAGCCUGACUUUGCCCCGGCUAAAAACCAGGUUAAGACGAUCUUGGAAGCAGAGGGCAUGGCUGUACCGGAAGAGGUUUCACGGAUCCUGCAAGUUGUGUCUCAGUACCUGCAGGACCCCUGUCCUAUCACCAGGUCUGUAAGCACCUCAUGCACAGAUGGUCAACCCUACCUCCAGAACAGUGCUGAAACUGAGUCUGACCAGAAUGCAACUACACCAAAGCACAUCACCAGCGGCGAAUGCUGCCUGAGCCUGUGUCAGGCUGUGUCCUUCCUCCCUACUGCUGAAGAGGACGAAGAGCUGAUGAUGAAGAGAGAGGAGAGACAGAACAGAGGUGUAUGCAGUGUGGGUAGAGAGUCCUGCCUCAGCGUUCUGACCGUAUCUGAUUUCGAGUGCCCUCUCUGUAUCAGGUUGUUCCAUGAGCCAGUGACCACCCCCUGUGGACACACCUUCUGCAAGAACUGCAUCGAGAGAAGUCUGGACCAUAACCUACGCUGUCCUCUCUGCAAACAGCCACUGCAGGAGUAUUUUAAGAACAGGAAAUACAACACCACAGUGGUGCUACAGGAGAUUAUGAUCCGCCUCUUCCCCCAGCAGCUGGCUGAGAGGAAACAGGUGCAUGAAACAGAAAUGGCAGAGCUCUCAAAUUUGACCAAGGAUAUCCCAAUCUUUGUGUGCACGGUGGCGUAUCCGGGCAUCCCGUGUCCUUUGCACGUCUUUGAACCUCGCUACCGUCUAAUGACUCGCCGAUGCAUGGAGACGGGCACCAAGAAGUUUGGCAUGUGCAGCUAUGAGCAUGGCAAAGGAUUUUCAGAUUAUGGCUGCAUGUUGGAGAUCCUGGAUCUGGACGUGCUUCCUGAUGGUCGCUCAUAUGUGGAUACGGUGGGUGGGAAUCGCUUCCGAGUGCUCAGGAGAGGACAGAGAGAUGGCUACCACACUGCUGAUAUUGAGUACCUGGAGGACCACAAGGUGGAAGACGCAGAGCUGGAAAUGCUGCAGAAUCUCCACGACAGCGUCUAUCAGCAGGCGAGGGAGUGGUACCAGCGCCUGAACAGCCGCAUUCAGGAGCAGAUCAGCCGCCAGUACGGCAUCAUGCCCGAGAAAGACGACAACAUACAGGAAUCUGCUAAUGGGCCAGCCUGGUGUUGGUGGCUGCUGUCUGUUCUGCAAUUAGAUCCAUCCUAUCAGACCACGGUUCUGUCUCUCACCUCCCUAAAGGACAGACUGGGUCAUCUACGUAUCGUACUAGAAUACUUCUCUCAAGGCUAGCACAGGGACACGGUGGAAGAUGUCAAUUGUUUUUUACUGUAAAUAUUGAUUAAACUGCGAGAGGUUGUUAGUGCUUCUUAAUUAUGUCCUCACCCCUCAAAACUUGAUCGCUUUUAUCCUGAUCAUCAUACUUAAGAUCACUUGUGCUUGGUAAGAAAGAAUCGCAAGGCUACGGUAUUGCAGCCCAAUGGUAUGAUAUCAAGGUAUAUCAAAUCGUCAUUACCCAUUUCCGUUAUAUGUUUUUCUUUUCUGGAUAUGGAGAGCUUUGAAUAUUUUGAUGCAUUUUUAUGGACCGUGCAACUAUUGAAUUAGUCAUCUAACUAAAUAAUGGUACUUUAGCUAAGCACUAAAGAAUCAAGGACUACAUAUAAUAGCGGUUUAUUGGGGUACGCUGUUUGGUUCAUUAAACGCCACAAUGGAUUCUGAAUAUCGUAGCCAACUGCAGAAUUUUAAAACGUGCAUUAUGUGCCAGGAGGCAAACUGUUUACCCUGAGAGAUUGAUAAGCGAAUAGAAUCUCAUUGAUUAUGUAUAAAUGACACCUUUGUGAGAACAUCCUCAAAAUCUCGCCGCUAAACUCUGUCAUGAUUCUGGAAAUUAUAUUGUCUUCAUAAACUGUAUAAUUUGAGGAGUGAAACCAACACCACAAUAGUAAUGAUGUAGAAUAAUCUUCCCUUUGUCCAGCUGCAAUAUGCUGAAUGAAUGAACAAAAGCUGCAAGCUCUGCUUUUGUAUUCUCAGUAUUAAGUGUGUUUUAAGUUUGCUGGUAUGAUAAUACAGAGCAGAGAUUGGAGCAGGAUGUUAUGUAUGUACAUUACUCUUAAACAAAAGCUGAUUUUGAUUCCGUCUGUGAAGCGUUGUGAAGGUUUUAGCUUUCUGAAAGAUUGUGUGUAAAUUCAUAAGCCUCUUGGUUGGCAGUGUAUCUCCAAACCUUUCCGUCCCAGUGAUUUUGGACUAUUUCUGCGUGCUUGUGCCUUGUGCAUGGCCUUAGUCUGGUUUCAGAUGUUUGCUUAAGGACUUGAGGAUUCAUGUUUUUUAACUUUGAUUCUGAGGAAUGUUAAUACUAUGCGUUUACACUUCCCUCUGUACUUGGGCUCAAAACUCAACUAUAUACUUUGUGCCAUGGGUUUUUGUGUAGCUGCUAAUGGCUGAACGUCCAACAAGAUUUAUCAGACAUAUACCUGCACUGUUAAUUUAUUUGAAAGUCUCAGAUUUGAUUUAUUUGUGCAUUGUUCUGACAAUUACUGUCAUUUUCUAUUAUUGUUUAAAAAACAGUUACUUAUGGAGGGUAGUUUGUUUGCACCAGUUUUCAUUGCAGUAUGUUCUGAGUCUGACAAUUCCGCCCUUUUAUUAUUUACAGUAGAGUUCAUCCAUAAACCAAGAUUCAAAGAUCUUCAGAUCUCUGGGUCUUGGUUAGAUUUCUCUUAGCAUUGUAAAACUCAUGCAUGUUCAAAUAUUUGCUGAGCUGCACAAUACUUGUGACCGCAAUAGAACCGGAGUGAUUCAGAAAUAUUUGCAUAUAUUUAAUACAAGUCUUUACAAAAGGGAUAGCUAAGAUAUAUUUUAAUUGAAUUUAGUCAUUUAGAGAGCAGAAACUUUACAUUUACGUAAUAAUGUCUAAUACCUUCCAUCCUCAGGAUACAGGACUUGAAAUGGACCUAGAAAGGCUUUCUUGAGACACUGCUUUGUAAGACUGUACAGUAACAGAACUUAUGUCUCAAACAUGUGUAACUGAUAUCACACUGAAAUAGCAACCUUUUGGUUAUUUGCAUACUUGUUGAUAGUACAACUUCAGUCACUUUUUUUCUCACAAAUAUAGAGAGGGGUGCUACUAUAGUCAAUUGUUUAGGUUUAAUCUAUGAAUAUCGAGUAGUUAAAUUAAUAUCCCAGAUUUUCUUCAGCGGUAUAUACUUUCUGGCCAAUUAUAAUUUGUUUUUAUUGAAAAAGAAUAUCGUGCUGUCAUACAUGGUAUUUCUUUUUUUCAGUCACUAAUUUUGCUUAAUGUUAUGUAUUGAUGUGUUUAGAAUUAAGGCAGCAUUAGCCAAACUAUCUUAUAAUUUUGUAAUCCCUUGUGUAAACUAGGGACAUCUAUCAAUAUGUUUUCUUUUGAAAGAUUUGUUUCUAAUAAAUACAAUAAAGGUGACAUAAG